GGCGCGCCCGGGUUGGCUGCGGCGGUGAUCGCGGCGGCGGCGGCGGCCUCGAGAGCGGUAGUGGUUCCUGCUCUGCUUUAAUAGUUCCCUCCGCCCCCUCCCGCCGGACGCUGCUGUGUGGUUGCCUAACAAAAAUCAACUUUAUUGUUUCUCAGCCCCACCUCCCGGCGCGUCGCUCGUCCUCAGGAUGCGCUGAGGCGGAGGGGAGGGAGGCGGCGGCAGGUCCCUCUCCUCCGAGCGCCCGUCCGGAGGGGAGGGAGUCACGAUGUCUGGGAGCCGCCAGGUCGGUUCGGGCUCCGCAGGGACCAGCCCUGGCUCCUCGGCGGCCUCCUCGGUGACUUCCGCCUCCUCGUCCUUAUCCUCUUCCCCGUCGCCCCCUUCCUUGGCAGCUUCGGCGGCGGCGCUGGGGUCCGGCGGGGCGGCCCAGGCCGCGGGCUCUGGCGGCCUCGGGGGCCCGGUGCGGCCUGUGCUGGUGGCGGCCGCCGUGUCCGGCAGCGCCGGGGCGGUGUCCGCGGGCCUGUCCCGGCUGAGCUGCGCCGCCAGGCCCAGCGCUGGCGUAGGAGGGAGCAGCUCCAGCCUAGGCAGCGGCAGCAGGAAGCGACCUCUGCUCGCCCCCCUGUGCAACGGGCUCAUCAACUCCUAUGAGGACAAAAGCAACGACUUCGUCUGCCCUAUCUGCUUUGAUAUGAUUGAGGAAGCAUACAUGACAAAAUGUGGCCACAGCUUUUGCUACAAGUGUAUUCAUCAGAGUUUGGAGGAUAAUAAUAGAUGUCCCAAGUGUAACUAUGUUGUGGAUAAUAUUGAUCAUCUGUAUCCUAAUUUCUUGGUGAAUGAACUCAUUCUUAAACAGAAGCAAAGAUUUGAGGAAAAGAGGUUCAAAUUGGACCACUCAGUGAGUAGCACCAAUGGCCACAGGUGGCAGAUAUUUCAGGAUUUGUUGGGAACUGACCAAGAUAACCUUGAUUUGGCCAAUGUCAACCUUAUGUUGGAGUUACUAGUGCAGAAGAAGAAACAACUGGAAGCAGAGUCACAUGCAGCCCAACUACAGAUCCUUAUGGAAUUCCUCAAGGUUGCAAGAAGAAAUAAAAGAGAGCAACUGGAGCAGAUCCAGAAGGAGCUAAGUGUUUUGGAAGAGGAUAUCAAAAGAGUGGAAGAAAUGAGUGGCUUAUACUCUCCUGUCAGUGAGGAUAGCACAGUGCCUCAAUUUGAAGCUCCUUCUCCAUCACACAGUAGUAUUAUUGAUUCCACAGAAUACAUCCAACCUCCAGGUUUCAGUGGCAGUUCUCAGACAAAGAAACAGCCCUGGUAUAACAGCACAUUAGCAUCAAGACGAAAACGACUCACUGCUCAUUUUGAAGACUUAGAGCAAUGUUACUUUUCUACAAGGAUGUCUCGUAUCUCAGAUGACAGUCGAACUGCAAGCCAGUUGGAUGAAUUUCAGGAAUGCUUGUCCAAGUUUACUCGAUAUAAUUCAGUACGACCUUUGGCUACGUUAUCAUAUGCUAGUGAUCUCUAUAAUGGUUCCAGCAUAGUUUCAAGUAUCGAAUUUGACAGAGAUUGUGACUACUUUGCAAUUGCUGGGGUUACAAAGAAGAUUAAAGUCUAUGAAUAUGGCACAGUCAUUCAGGAUGCAGUGGAUAUUCAUUACCCUGAAAAUGAAAUGACCUGCAAUUCCAAAAUCAGCUGUAUCAGUUGGAGUAGUUACCAUAAGAACCUGUUAGCCAGCAGUGAUUAUGAAGGCACUGUCAUCCUGUGGGAUGGAUUCACAGGACAGAGGUCAAAGGUCUAUCAGGAGCAUGAGAAGAGGUGUUGGAGUGUUGACUUUAAUUUGAUGGAUCCUAAACUCUUGGCUUCAGGUUCUGAUGAUGCAAAAGUGAAGCUAUGGUCUACCAACUUAGACAACUCAGUGGCAAGCAUUGAGGCGAAGGCUAAUGUGUGCUGCGUUAAAUUCAGCCCCUCUUCUAGAUACCAUUUGGCUUUCGGCUGUGCAGAUCACUGUGUUCACUACUAUGAUCUUCGUAACACUAAACAGCCAAUCAUGGUAUUCAAAGGACACCGAAAAGCAGUCUCUUACGCAAAGUUUGUGAGCGGUGAGGAAAUUGUGUCUGCUUCAACAGACAGCCAGCUAAAGCUGUGGAAUGUAGGGAAACCAUACUGUCUACGUUCCUUCAAAGGUCAUAUUAAUGAAAAAAACUUUGUAGGCCUCGCUUCCAAUGGAGAUUAUAUAGCCUGUGGAAGCGAGAACAACUCUCUUUACCUGUACUAUAAAGGACUUUCUAAGACUUUGCUAACUUUUAAGUUUGAUACGGUCAAAAGUGUCCUGGACAAAGACCGAAAAGAAGAUGAUACAAAUGAAUUUGUUAGUGCCGUGUGCUGGAGGGCACUACCAGAUGGGGAGUCCAAUGUGCUGAUUGCUGCUAACAGUCAGGGUACAAUUAAGGUGCUGGAAUUGGUAUGAAGGGUUUACUCAAGUUAAAUUGUACUUGAUUCUGCUGAAAUACAUCUGCAGCUGACAAUAAGAGAAGAUAAAUUGUCGUGUGAUGUCUUUCCCCAGAGUCAUCGUGGGUUUUGGAUUUGCUUUGAGUAUUUUUUUUCCUUUUUUUCCUCCUUUAUGACCUUUGGGACAUUGGGAAUACCCAGUGAACUCUCCACCAUCAAUAUAACUCUAUGGACUUUGCUGCUGUUGGUGGUAUGGUUAUCUAAUUUUUGUGAUAGGGAAACAAAUUCUUUUGAAUAAAAAUAAAUAACAAAAAAUAAUAAAAGUUUAUUGAGCCACAGUUGAGCUGGGAAACUUUUUGUCAAAUAUGGCAAGAGAUAAUCUUAUCUUUUCAAGAAGUAGCACACAUGAACUCCAGAAUAAGGAUGAAUAAGUUGUAAGGUCCCCAUUUCCCCACCUCUUUGGAAUUAUGCAUGUCAACCUAAAGUAUAUGGAUUCCUUUCGGGGAAUUUAAUGUUUACAGUAGGUGGAAAGAUUAAUAACUUUACUUUAUGAAUUUCCAUCUUCAUUCUCUGACCAGAUUUAUGUCAUCAGCAAGUACGUACUCCUCAGUCCCGCUGGAUCUGGCCAGGGGUCUAACAUUGUGACUUGUUGAGAUCACAUUCAAACAGAAAGGGAAUAUCAGUCUGUGACAGCUCUCUCUCUCUUUGCCUUUGAAGUGUUACACAUAAGGCCCUAAAUAAGCCCUAAAUGCAGACAAGCUGACUUAUUUUUAUAAAAUCAUGACUAUCAGAUAGUCCUAGGAAUUAGUGCCAUCCUGGGAUGAUCAACUUAGAAUAAAGGUCAGCAAACUUUUUCCUUUCAAGGGCAAAUAGUACAUAUUUUAGUCUUUGCAGGUCAUAUGGUCUCUGCCACAACUACUUAACUCUGCCUUUGUAGCAGAAAAGCAGCCACAGACCACAUGGAAAUAAAUGAGUGUAGCAGUGAAGUAGGUGAAGGAUUGGAUUUUGCCCACGGACCAUAGUUUGCCAGCCCCUCAUUUAGAGGAAAAGAAUUUGAAGCCCUAAUACACAAAUUUUCAAGCCAUAUAAUCUCUUAGAUGAUCUAGUUAAUUGUGUACAUUGUUUUCAAUUUGUAAAAGGAAAAGUUAGAGUAGCAGAUCAAGCAAAAGUAAUGCCAAGCUUUCUGUUUGAGUUACUUUGAACAUUUUUUAGAAAAAGAUAAACAAUUAUAUGCCACACAUAUUUUAUAAAAAUAGACAUUUGGAAAAGCUUGGUGUGAAUAAGUAUAUGGAUAAUAAGGAUAAUCAGAUUAUCCCAUUGUAUCCCUCUGUUUAAUAUUAUUGAAACCUACUACAGGUCCACAUUUCUGAAACACUUGGGCCAAGUGCAUUUUUGAAUUUAGAACUUCUUGGCUUUUAGAAAAGUAAUAGAGUAGAUAUUAUAUAACACCCUCCAAUAGAGCAAUACUCCAUUAUCGAACACAUUAUUUUUGCAGCAAAAUGUAGGAAUGUUCACAUUAUGUGAGAUUAACAGACUAGAAAUAGUCUUGCAUCAGGUCAGUUCAGUUUUUACUGCCAAAUGAGUUAGCCUCAAACUUAAGUAAAUUUUUCAGUUUUCAGAGCUUCAAGACAAUUAUAUCUUAACUAACAUCUGGGAGUUAAGAACCUGAUAUACUUUUGGACUCAGAAUUAACUCUGAGAGGAAAGAUCACUAUCAUUCGAAAGUUACACCUCUCAUAAACCAGAACAAUGUUAGGUGGGCUUCUUUUCCAAGACUGAUGAAUGUCCUUUUGCAAAGAUAUAGAAAGAAUAUUAACAUGUAGAUUCUUCAUUUAAAGAACUUUACUUAGGUAGAUGUCCAGAAAGUCAUCAAGAGAGAAAGCAGAGAGUUAAUGCACUCUUGAAUGCAUUUAAAUAGAAACAGAUUAUUAUGGGUUUUGUUUGAUCUGUCUUUUUUGGUUUUGUUUUAUUUCAAGAUGUCAGCAUUGUAGGUCAUGUUAAUUUCCAUAUAUUUGGAAGAAUGCAAUAAGGUACCUUUAGUUAUCAAAGGAACUCAGUUUUUUUAAAUAACUUAUUAUUUUAAGAAGGCAGUGUUUUAUUUAAGUUUGUGUUUAACUCUUUUUCAUGUAAAUAGAAACCAUUUUUACAUUUGAGUUAAUCUUUGCAGGAUGUCAAAAUCAAACAUAUAUUACCAUUUCUUAGAAAAAUAACAUAUUAGUUAACUAAAGCUUAAAGGUAAUGUACAUUGUAAUACCAAUAAACUUUCUAACUUAA